AUGUCUUCUCAAGAGACUUCAUCGCUGCUUGCGUGGAUAAACAGCUACGAGGAUGUGCUGGAUGGGAAUUCUGUGACUGAGAUAACACAACUAUCCGAUGGACUUGUUCUUUCUAGGAUUCUCAACAAAGUUGACCCAGAAGCAUUCCCUGCGCCGCAGAAGAAGGAAACAGACAGCACGUUCACUACAAAAUUACAAUCACUCACUCGCUUACAAGCCAGCUUGACUUGUCUUCUCCCAAACCUCCCACCGCUCAACCUAAGUGUAAUUGCUUCAACUGCGGCUGAGAAUGAGGUUGUCCAGCUCGUGAAGCAUGCUCUCAUUGCCGCCGUUAAAGGCGCUGGUGGACCUUCUGUAGUUCAAGGCAUAGGUCAGCUCGGUGAGGAUGUCGGUGCGGGGCUGAUGCUUGCAAUCACCCCAGUCAUGACUAGACUCGAUGAGCCUACUGUCGACAAUUCGGACUAUUACGCACUUCUCUCCACCCACACCGCACUGACCCACGAUAAGAAGUCGAUCGAGACUGCGUACAAGCAACUGCUAGACGAUAUGCGUUCUUUGCGAGCAGAGCAUGACGAUACCAUCGCUGAGCUUGCUGGACUGCGCGAUGAAGCUGUGGAUCACCAACCGUCUCCGAUCUCAAGCCGCGCUGAAGAGUCCCUUCGCAAUGAGCUGGUCAGAGUCAAAGACGAGCUGCAGAGGUCGGAAGACUCCCUCGCUGAGUCUGAGGCGACUAGCGAGCGUCACACUUUGACUAUCAGAGAUCUGCAUAGAAAGAUGGACGAUCUCUCAGCGAAAGCUGCCGAGACAUCUACACUGCGUGACCAGCUGGAAGAGAACAAACACGCAGCGGCGCAAUUGCAGAAAACGGAAAAUGUCAUCGAAAAGUACAAACAGAAGCUGGAGGAGUCGGCCAGCCUCCGUAGACAGUUCAAAUCGCUCGAGGACCAGAACGCCAGACUUGUGGAUGUCAACGCGUCGCUCGAAGCCAACGCUAAGCAACUCAACGCGACAAAAAGCCUCGCUGAUAACUACAAGACCCAGUUUGUCGAUCUCGAGAAUAGACAUGCGCAGCGCAUGAAAGAACAUCAACAUCUGUCACAUGAGCUCACGCAAUUGAGAUUAUCGCACAGCGCUCUCGAGGAGGAGAAAUUGAGGGCGUCGGAGCAUGUCUAUCUGCUAGAAGAGAAGUUGAAGGAAAUGGAGGUGGAUAAAACACACGCUGAUACACACGAAAUACUAUCCAAACAGACUCAACAUUCUCAUGAAAAGAAUAGCGAUGACUUGGAGCUGGAGUUGAGCGACAAUUCGACAACAGAUCUCAAACUCCAAGUAAGAAGGCUGGUUAAGGAGUUGGAGUCGGUGAGGAGCGACAAAGGGACCGACCCUGAUAGGGCUCUUGUGCUCGAGAAUGUACUUGCAGAUACCCAGAAGAUGAAGGAGCGCUACGAGGCUGACUGGAUGAGCGAACUCACUGAGAAGCUUGAUCUGCAGAGAAAAAUGGACGAAAUCAGGAGGGGUAUGGAUGAAGGGUCGGGUGAUGGCCCUGAAGUCGUCACAGCACUGCGACAACGCUUGAACGAGUCGACGGAUCAACUCGACAGGAUUAAGAGUAGCUUCGCGGAGCUGCAAUCAGUGCAUAAUGGAGUUACUGAGGAGCUGACUCGAGCUAAAUCUGAUAUGACACUCGUUUCCAAGGACCAGAUAGACAUACUAAACUCGCUGAGGCAGAGUGUAGAUGAAGACAAGCUAGAGAUGGGCAAAGAGAACGACAGUCUGAAAGAGACAGUGAGGCGGAUGGAGCAGCACGAGAAGGAGACGCUCGAGAAGAUGAAUAGGAUGUUGAUGGAGAGGGUAGAUGAAGGUUCAUUAGGUGCACACAACCGCGGCAUGACCGAGAGCGACAAGGACUACAUGUCGUCGCUGAUGGGCGAUCUGCACAAACCUCACAGCAGAGAGACGGAGUUGAGCGAGCGGGUUAACAAAGCAGAGUCGCAAGUCCACGCACUCACUCUCGCCAUGGACGACAUGAAGAAGAGACACCUCAAACGUCGCCAAGAAAUGUUCCUGAACCACAGCAAAGUGGCGAGCAUGAUGGACGACGAACCCGCGAGCGACAGACCACCACAAAAGCACUCGUGGUUGGGUAUGCAGAGAGCGAAUCUCGAUGGUUCUCUCUCACCGUAA